CCGUCCUCACUUUCUAUUAAGACACGAGGAUAGUAAGAGUUGUACUGUGUAAACGGAGUGUUUGUAAAUCACAAAAAUUAUUACUACAAUCAUUAGACUACUUCUAUUUUAAUUAAACUAUUUCUAUAGCUUUCAAUAGCUGCAAAUCACUGUAAUAAAAUUCACCGUAAUAUUAAUUAUUAUUACAAUAAUACUUGUUGACUUAUUCUACAAAAUAUAACAAUACAUUUUAAAUAAAUUACAUUUACUACAAUAUAAUACGAUCAAGAGUAUCCCGGUUCCGAAAGCAUACCCAAUAAUUGGAAAUGCUCAUCUGUUUAUUGGCGAUAACGAAGAUAUAGCCCAACAUUUCAUAAAUAUUGUUUAAAAUUAUCAUUCAUUGUGGCAUAUAUGGCUAGGCACGAAAUUACUUGUAAUCGUACAUAAUUCAGAAUAUAUCAAGAAGGUAUUAAAUAACUCAAAUAUUAAUGAGAAAAGCGAGGGGUAUAAAUAUAUGAAAUCGAUUAUCGGCAAUAGAUUGUUUUCUGCUUCAGCAAAAUUGUGGAAUCAUCAUAGAAAAAUAUUAAAUGAAGUCUUUCUUAAAAAAUAUCUAAUGUCCCAUAUGGAUGUAUUCGUUAAUCAUUUUGUCGCUUUAAUGGAAAAGUUGGAAACUUUAGUUGGAGAAGAAAUAGACAUUUGCCAUUACGCUUUUCGCUGUACAUUGGACAUAAUAUAUGAUUGUCUGCAUCAAACUCCACUAAAUUCGCAGACCGAUGAGAAUUCCAAACUAGAUAUAUCUAUUCAUUGUUUGAUGGAUAUAGCUGCGCGAAGGAUAUUCAAAACAUGGUCACAUCCGAAUAUAAUUUUUUGUAAUACUGCUAUGGGGAGGAAAUUUCAAAUAUGUUCAUCCUACCUGAAUAACGUUACAAGGAAUGUAUAUUUAAAAGAUACAUUUCGUUAAUCCAUCUUAUCUGUUUUUAACAAUUUAAAAUUUAAGUAUUAUAUUGUCUUUAUAAAUACAUAUAAUUUUUUAUUUGGAAAGAGAAUCAAAGAUAAAAAGUGAUCUAUGUUAAGAAGCGUAAUUAAAUAAGAUUUGAUUAGGUCUUACUUCGAUAUAUCCCAGAUUAUGUACGAUUACAAGUAAUUUCGUGCCUAGCCAUAUACGCCACAAUGAAUGAUAAUUUUAACCAAUAUUUAUGAAAUGUUGGGAUAUAUCUAAAAAAAAUAAUUAUAAAUGAAAACUGGGUAAAGCGUUUAAAUAUAAAACAUAACAAUUGCAAAUAUACCUUCGUUAUCGCCAAUAAACAGAUGAGCAUUUCCAAUUAUUGGACAUGCUUUCGGAACCGGGAUACUCUUGAUCGUAUUAUAUUGUAGUAAAUGUAAUUUAUUUAAAAUGUAUUGUUAUAUUUUGUAGAAUAAGUCAACUAGUAUUAUUGUAAUAAUAAUUAAUAUUACGGUGAAUUUUAUUACAGUGAUUUGCAGCUAUUGAAAGCUAUAGAAAUAGUUUAAUUAAAAUAGAAGUAGUCUAAUGAUUGUAGUAAUAAUUUUUGUGAUUUACAAACACUCCGUUUACACAGUACAACUCUUACUAUCCUCGUGUCUUAAUAGAAAGUAAGGACGGAAGAUGACAACGAGGAAUAUUCAUAUAAUACGCAGUACGGACUAUGCUCACGUGAUCAGAGCUUACAUAAGAAAAUUCUUAUUCGAUUAGGCGAGAAGAAAAUAGGAGGGGAUUCAAAAAUGAAUUAUCUCUUCCUUAUCGCCUCCUCUUACUUUCACAAAAAAUGCUAUAACUGAACAUCGUUUUAUAAACCGAUUGUUAAUUAAUUCUUCAUUAGAAUUGAGAAUAUGUCAUAAAUUAAACGAAUAUGUUAUGAAAAUCAUCUUUUCUGUUAGCUUGAUAUUUGCAUGUAUAUUUCUACUUUAAUUUCUAAUUUUGGCGUAAUAAACAGUAAUUAUAAUGUUCA